GAUUGGCAAGCAGAGUGUCAGCGUAUUACGUUGCUUGUCCACGUUUGGGAGAAGAUGCAGUCAGCAGUCUGCCGUGAUGGCAAAGCUCUUUUUGAUCGUGAGCUGCUCAAAAAGCUGAAGAACAACAUUCUAGAGGGGGACUACAACGACGAAGCAAACACCAUCUUGUUCUGCAUGGAGCCGAUGUGGUCGCACGAAUGCUGUUCAAUGUGGUCCGAGAACGAGCCCAAGGUAGUGGAAAAGACCAACAAGAGUCAAAUAGCAACUGCUGAUUCGCAAAUCCAGCAGUUGGGGAAUGAAGCUCGCAAGGCCCUUUGGGAAUCGGAUUGCAUGAAGCUAGCACGCGAUAUUGCGAUGCUCAGUCGACUUCACGCAGACACAGUCAAGAGUGAUGCAGCCAAACGGUUGCAAAAGAUUUGCCACCUACGGCAGCAGAAUGUGGUGGGAUCUGGCAUCAUUACCAACUUCAUGGAGCAGAACUGUGCCUUCGUGAGCGGCAAUCAAAAGGAUUUGGAAUCUUCUCUCAACAAGUUCAUUCGAGAGAAUGACGCACGUCCCAUUGUGAUGUGGGUGGACCUGAUGAAGAUUGGACGAGUGGGGCAGCAAGAGUUGAACAACCUAGUGGACCUUUUGGGCGUUGCCCUUCACAGCCGCCCCACGGCUUCUUGUGCGAUCAUCAUCGCACCGUUCUUGAUCAGCGAGAAAGUCAGCAAUGGACUACGAGGAGAGGUCGCGAGUGGCAGCACGAUCCUGCUAUGCAACCUCACUUCCUACGAUUGUUGCUUAGAGCAGGUUGCCUUGACAUGGAAUGGAGAGCAUAGCAAAGAUGUUCGCAUCAAAAGCUUGCUCCCUUCGGAGAGUCGCAGUCGUUGGCUGGAAGACCCCACCUACGGACCGGAGUGGCGAAAGCUUUUGGAUGACUUUGACCAUCACUUUGACCCACAGUUUGCCAAAUCCACGGAAGCUGGGUCCAUAGCCGGCGGGGCCAUCGUCGAGGUCGAUGAUGAGUCCGUGGCACACACAACCGUCGAGCUCACCACCAAUGAGUUUCUAAUUGCUCAUGGCCCUUCGAAGUGGUUGAGUGCUGAGCAGGUUGACAAGUUUCGGCGCCAGAAGCGUGUAGGCCUCGUCGCCAGCGGUGAUGUGCUUUGCCAGUCAGUCCAGGAUGAACCGGAGACUGGCGCCAACCUUAAGACCAUCUAUUGGAAGCACAUCAACGAGGCGAAGGAGCGUAUCCUGCAGGAGAACCCUGAGUUAACGAAGAGGGAGGCUUUGAGAAAAGCCCAAUCUGAGUCCUAG